AUGGAUAAGAGUUUUGAUUUGGUUUCAUUAUUGAAGAAUCAUGAGAAGAAGCAUAUGCACAAACCUAGACCUACACAAAUUCUGAGCAUAGCUGGCGGGGUUCAAAAGCGCUUAGAAAGGAAUAUUAUACGUCGAAAAAGUGGUAGACUGUCUGCUUUUGACAGUAUACGAAACUUGCCUAAAUGUGAAGUGCCUGACCCAAUAUCUGAGAGUCAGAAAAAGGUGGAACACAGAAGAAUGCCGUUGGAGAAAUGGAAAGAAGAAAAAGAGAAAAAAAAGAAAGAAGCUGCUGCACACAAGAAGAAACCGUUUGUUGCUGGCAUUGUGCACCCUCCAUUAAAAUAUGUUCCACCACCUCCACCUAGACCAAUGCCUAGUACAUCAGGAAGAGUUACUAGGUCUAAGUCUAUUAAAACUAAUAGUCAGAUUACACAAAAAGAUUACAAAGGCUCAAAAUCAGUCAAACAUUUACAUUCAUUUGCACCAAGUAAUGCAUCAUUUAAACCUCCGGAGCUAACAACCAUAACAAAACUUCCUACUUUGGCACGGGUACAAAAUAAGAAAAAAAAGAUUGAUAUAACAUUUGACCCAGUUGUGCCAGAUGUUAGCCAAACGAAAGCUUUAUUAAACUUAGAGAUAUCAAAUGGCUCAUCAACUAAAUCAGCCACUACGGCUUCAAAAGUGAUUGAUAAAUCAGUUAAAGAGGAAUAUCCUAAAACCUCAAUUCAGAAAAAAAUAUUGCACAGUAGCACCUCAAAUAGUGACAUGGAGUCAUCAUCUGCUGAAAUAUUUUUUAAAAGUAAAAAUAAAACUCCAAGAAAAUCCAAACGGUCUAAAUAUAAAAACAACACACCCGAAAAUCCUAUACCAAAAAGUGAAUCAAGUUCAGAGGAGAGGCUUAGGUCUCCAAAGUCUUCAAGUACUGAAGAGCAACAAACAACUCUAAAGCCUUUAACAAAUACCCCCAUGACUCCAGAACAAAUUGCAGAAGUUAAAAAAAUAAGUCCUUAUGUCACACUUUCUCGAGGGAAGGAUAAUGCUAGAAAGGAAAUGAAAAAGAAAAUGGAAGAAGGUUUGUUGGACGAUGAUAAUAGUGAUAUGGAGAGUGUGGAUUACUUUAGACGACAACUAGAUUCUGAAGUCAAGCGCAUUACACAGAUGUGUGAAACUUGGGACAAGAUCUCUCAGCAAGAACUUUUGUCUGAGCCUGCACAGGAGAUGGUGCUGGGCGCUGUGGGGCAGGCGCGGCUGCUGGUGUCGCAGAAGUUAACGCAGUUCGGGUCGCUGGUGGCGGCCUGCGAGUGCCCCGAUCCCACCACUGGACUCGUCACGCCCACCGACCUCCAUGGCUUUUGGGACAUGGUCUUCAUGCAGGUUGAAAAUGUGGACAUGCGCUUCAAAAAACUCGAAGAACUCCGCGCUCGCAAUUGGGUUGAGGAAACCCCAGUGAUACAAAAGAAAAGGGCCCCCAAAACAGCUAAAAACAACAGCAAGCCCGUACGUACUGGAGCGGCAAGAAAAGCAAAGAAAAAUGAAGACCCUCCAACAGUACUAAGAGAAGAAGAUCGAACAAACUCUGGGACAAACAUAAAAACAUUCGACGCGGGUUUCUUCUGCGUGCGGUCACCGGUCAAAUCACCACUUGCUCCCAGUACACCUUCCAACAAAUCCAGUUUGUUAAAGGCUGUGCUUUCUAGUGAAGCGAAAAAGGCUUCAGUUUCUAAGGAUUCUACAUCGUUAGCGAUGCUGCGGGCAUCAAUCAUUGGCAGAAGUGUGGAGAGUAACGACAUAGCAUUGCAGCAGUCCAAAGUGCCAGUAAUUCCAAUAAACCUCAUGGCGACACCAGGCAGAAGCAUUCUUAAGUCUACAAAUGUAGCAUCAACUGAGAGGAAAUCGGGCAAGAAAUCCAUAAAAAUAGUACUGUUUAACAAUUCAGAUGGUGGAAACAGUUUUUCACAAAGCCCAGAGGCUAUCGAGAAAAUUGCAGAGGGCAAUAUAGACAGUGGCCUGUCCUUAAUAGAUGUAGAGAAGGAAUCCGAACAGAAUAAAGAAAAUGUGAAGCAAAAGUCAAAGCUGGUGAGGCAGAAUGCGUUUGAAGAUAGAAGUCCAGUUUUAACAAGAAGCAGACGCAAGAGCAUGAAUACACCACUGGUUGACAUGUCCUUUGAAAAUUUAGAAGACAGAAAAAGGUCAACAAGAACGGAAGUGGCAAAGGAAAAUGAAGCAGAAGAGAAGAUAAAUCAAACACCCAAGCGUUCAACUAGAAGAAGGAAGAGCUCCGUUGCAAGUAAAAUGGUUUGA